AUGUUCAACGCUACACAACAUCGUGGGCAGCCCAACUUGGGACCUGCGCCACCAGGUCAUCAGCAGAACUCACGCCUCAAUGAGAUCUUUGACUCAUUGCGCGCCGAAUUCGACAACCAGAACCGUAGCUCUGAGCAGUUCGAGAGCCAGGUCGCCCAACAGAUUCAAGAGAUGGAGCUGAUCAGGAACAAGGUCUAUCAGCUUGAGCAGAACCAGCUUAAGAUUAAGCAAGACUAUGAGAACGAGAUUCGCAGCCUCCGACACGAGCUCGACCUGCGCGGCGGCGCCCCUCCUGUCGCUCAGUCACAUAUUGGUGGCCCGCUGCAACAUGGAGGGCCUUCGCAACCGCCCCCGUCCCUCGGUCACGGUGGAGGAGGUCUAUUCAGCGGUAUCAUGGCUAACCAAGGCCCUGGCGGUCCUGGUCUUGCACCCCCGCCAGAGCAGCCUCCUCCGCAGCAGCAUCCUUUGCAGCCUCCCCCACCUGGCGGUCAGCUCCAAGGACCUCCUCAACCUCCCAGUUCAUUCCCCGGCUACCAACCUGGCCCGACUCUGAACGGCUACGCUCAGCAACCCCCCACAAACUCCCCUGGCUUGGGCAAAAAUCGCAACAUUCCCAACCGGGGACCAGGCCCUGCUACUCCGCAGCAACAUCCCGGCCAACCUCAACCCGCGCCGUACCAGACUGAUCCUCGUGCCUCUCCCCAGAUGCCUCGUCCAACCCCUCCAGCUCACGAUAUGGCCCUCAGCCGGCAUCAUCAGAUGUCUGGUCAUGGUCAGAUUCCACAAGUUGGCAAUGCCCUUGCUGAACUUGAGCCGGACAACCUCCCACCUCACAUGAAGCACAUGGGUGAUGAUUGGUUUGCCGUCUUCAAUCCAAAUGUUCCUCGCUUGUUGGACGUCAAGCUUGAACACAAUCUACUCCACGAGUCCGUUGUGUGCUGUGUACGCUUUUCCGCAGAUGGAAAAUUCGUUGCUACCGGCUGCAACCGCAGUGCUCAGAUCUUCGACGCCUACGAUGGCCGCAAGAUCUGCGAGCUUCAGGACACCGCCGUCGCCGAUAAGGAGGGAGAUCUUUACAUUCGAUCUGUAUGCUUCUCCCCUGAUGGCAAGCUCCUGGCUACCGGUGCCGAAGACAAGCGCAUCCGUGUCUGGGACAUCGAAAGCCGCCGCAUUCGCAACACGUUCGAUGGCCACGAGCAAGACAUUUAUUCUCUGGAUUUCUCGAAGAACGGCCAUGUCAUCGCCUCAGGCUCCGGUGACAAGACCGUUCGUCUGUGGGAUAUUCAAAACAAUAGCCAGAUGAUGGUGCUUAGCAUUGAAGACGGCGUCACUACCGUUGCUAUGUCUCCUGAUGGUCGUUACGUUGCUGCCGGUUCGCUGGACAAGAGCGUGCGCGUCUGGGAAUGCGCGUCUGGAUACCUGGCUGAACGUUUGGAGGGGCCACAAGGCCACAAGGAUAGCGUUUACAGCGUGGCGUUUUCGCCGACGGGCCGUGAGCUGGUCUCUGGCUCUCUCGAUAAAACCAUCAAGAUGUGGGAGCUAGGCGGCGGUCGCGGUGUUGGUCCCGCUACCAACUCUGGCAAAUGCAUCAGGACCUUUGAAGGUCACAAGGACUAUGUGCUCUCGGUCUGCCUCACUCCCCAUGGCGACUGGGUCAUGUCCGGUAGCAAGGAUCGUGGUGUCCAGUUCUGGGAUCCUUCCACGGGUAAUGCGCAGAUGAUGCUGCAGGGGCACAAGAACAGCGUCAUUUCCGUUGCGCCUUGCCCAACUGGCCACCUAUUUGCGACCGGAUCCGGUGAUAUGAAAGCUCGUAUCUGGAGCUACUCAUCUUAUCACCAGCGCUAG